AUGAAGCCUAAAUCGAGAAGAACGCAAUCACUAAACGAAUUUUUUAGUUUCCAAACAAUGACAUCUUUCCAACCGCCAUCCUCAAAACUUAUAUUAGAUAAUUCUCCGCAAACACAUAAAUUUCAGUCUUUCAGCUCUACUAAAACUUUGAAUCCAUUUUUGAAUACUAUUUCUGCUGAAGAAACUGUUCCCAGAAAAGAAAAGAAAACUCGAGAGCUCAUUUUGAAAGAGCUCAGUAAAAUCCAAAAAACAAAUAACUGCCCUGUAAAAAGCCGAGUCUUUAACCACAAGCAUACGUCUUUAUGAACAUCACGUGGGUGCAGAUCGCAGCCUCUAUCUCCGCUUAAUAAAAUUCCGUUAAAUCGCGAUUAUCCGAUUCGCAGUAAAAUUCCAAAAACUCCAGACUCCUCGCCAAUCUUAGUUGGGUCGAAGCUCUCUCCAAAAAUUCAAAAUUUCAUGGCCAAUUCUCUAGAAACACCGAUCACAAAAAACUACCAAAAUCUUAAAACUCUAGAAUCCAAGCUGAGCAACUUAAAAAGAAGGGCUUCGGUCCCUUACCUCCUUGAUUUUGAUAAAGAUUUGACUAAAUCAAGAUGAUCUAUAGAGACUAUUGAAAAAGGCUUACAAGAAGAUCUGCAUAAAGAGCUCACAAAUGCACGGGAAGCUGAUUUCCGAUCAGAUAUAACUAGGUUGACUGUAUGGAAGCAAGAUUUAACAGGGUUUAAAAAAGAAAUCGAUAGGAUUAUCAACUCUUUUCCAGUUACUAGAUAUUAA